CCCGUCCGUGUAGGAGCAACAAUCACAUCCAAGAUGGAGACCGUAAACGCUGGACAAAUGAUGAGUUUAGCAGCUCUACAGAGACAGGACCCAUACAUAAACAAACUGCUGGAUGUUACCGGACAGGUGGCUCUCUACAACUUCAACUCCAAAGCCAACGAAUGGGAGAAGACCGAAAUCGAAGGCACCCUGUUUGUUUAUGCAAGGUCUGCCACGCCUCACCAUGGCUUCACCAUCAUGAACCGACUGAGCACAGAGAACCUGGUGGAGCCGAUCAACAAAGACCUGGAGUUCCAGCUGCAGGAUCCCUUUCUGCUCUAUAGGAAUGGCAACUUGGGGAUCUACAGUAUUUGGUUUUAUGACAAGAGGGACUGUCAACGCAUCGCCCAGUUAAUGGUCAAGAUUGUGAAACAGGAGGCGGAACACGCCCGGAGAGAGUCUCCAGAGAGGGCCGCGCCGGGGAGGAGCAACGGGGUCGCAGAGCCGCGGCCCAUCGACAUCCUGGAGCUGCUCAGCAAAGCCAAGGAGGAGUACCAGAGAGCUCAGGUGGGUGAAACCGAUGUGUCUGCAGAGCUCAACCUGAAAACAGCUUUCACCGCCACAGAGCAGAGCACACCGAAGGCUGAGAAGAGCUCUCAUACGAUGGUGAAGCAGAUCACAGUUGAGGAGCUCUUUGGCUCGUCCCUCCCUAAGGGCCCCUCUCUACCCAUAAUGCCCACACAGAACUCCAGCACUGCUUCCAGUGACCCCUCCACUGCCUACCUCCAGAACCAGCCUUACCCCACUCCAGCCCUCCAGACCCCGCUCUUCCCUCCCCAUCACUCAUCCCAGGACCCUACGUCAGGUCACCGGCACCAGGUCCCCGGCCUGCUCCCAGCUCCGUACGCACUGCAGCCCGGCUCUGUUUUCCAGUCGGCGGUCCCCAGGUCGGACCCCCAGCCGCGGUGCUCAGUGUCCCCCCUCAUGGUGGUUCCAGCCGGCCCAGAGCCUCACGAUGCACCAUCAGCACCUCCUACGGCGUAUUUGGGACAAGACAUGCUCGCCACCCUCAAAGCGGCGGUGCCCUCGGUGAAUCAUGACCUCCACAAACCCAUCCUGGCACCCAACUUCCUGCCAAACAGGCUGUUCACCCCCCACAGCUUCCAGGAGCCCGCGGUGAGACCCUCCCUCCAGCACAGCAAGGAGAUGGAUGUCUUCUCUCAGCCUCCAAACCUGAUCAAACCCAUGUCGGCUGUCCCCAUGAGUCCUGGUUUCGCUGUUCCAGGGCCAGCCUUUUCUUUGCUUCUCUCCCCCAGCGCCUUCCAGCAGUCCUUCAGUCAGACGUCAGCAGCAUCAGCGGCCCCCCCUGCCCCCACCGAGCAGGCAGCCUGCAGCAAAACACAGCUACAGGACACUCUGAUACACCUCAUCAAGAGCGACCCAGACUUCCUCAGUGCAAUUCAUGAUGCGUACCUGCAGAGUGUGUCCAAGGACUUCAGCAACAUGAAGCUAUAGUCUCCUCAGCCAUCACCACUGUCCCUCUCACAGACCUUGAGGAAUCCACGAUGAAACGGGAGCUAAAGGAAGAGAAGCUAACAGGUUGUCCACACACUGCACAGCGGCCAUUAAGCCCUCUGCUCCUGACUCUGAACUCUGAUGCUUUCCCCCGUUGGCUUGGAUCAGUUUACUGCCUGUUUAUUCAAACUGAACUCAUGUGGAAGAUAACGUUGAGAUAUAACGUCCCAGUGUGGCCUUGACUUUUCAUUUCAACUUUGUAAAUGUGAUCCAACGGUCGACCGCUCACUGGUGAAGUGAAGCUGCGGACGGGACCACAGUGGAGCGAACCAUUUUUCAUUUGACCUUGGGAAGGAUGAUUUGGCAGCUUGAACAUUAUGGAGAUCACAGACAAACUGUCCCACUGUGGCGUUAAAAAGGACGACUCUCUUUCCCUUUGUCCCUUAUUGAACUUUCUCCUUCAGAGUAAUGCUGCCAUCUCCUUUACUGUGGCAAUGUGUCUUUGUCAGUGUUUCAUAAAAAGGAGGAGAUUGUAGAGGAAUAUCUUUUCAACCAUGGUCCGAGGAAGAUAAAAAAAGUUUUUGUCUGGAGAAGCACUUUCUGCUCAAUCUCAUAUUCAGUUCCUCUUAAAGGAACUUCUUUGCUGCCUUUCCUUUCUCCAUGUCCCCAUUCCUUGCUCUUUCUCCUCGUCUCUCCUCCACCCUCUGAGCUCAGUGCGUCAUGUCUCGGAGGGGAGCGUGCAAUAAACGACAGUCACGAUGCCUUUAGGGAAACCAGCAUUUGGGGAUACUUUAGCAAGGUACGGUAGAGCUCAAUGUAUCUGAACCUCUGGGUUCUGGUUGCGCAACAACUUAAAUAUGAGGAAACAUUUGCAAUUGGUUUAUGAAUAUUGUUUGCAUUCACACCUUAAUAUUUAAUUUCCUAAAGAAAUAGAAGGCUGAUAUGCUUCAGUAUGAUUCAACCAGUUUCUGCUAAUAAUCCAAGAAUUAUAUAAUCAUUCCUGUUUCGAGAUUUAUUUUUCGAGAGCGCAGUUACUUCACAAAGACUUGAAGACAAAAAUAUUAGUGGUGACAUGUAUUUUUUUUUUUGCAGUAUAAUGCUACUGCAGCACAGAAACGUAGGUAGGCCCUACAGACGCAGUGGGAACAGGAUUGAGUGGUUUUUGAACAAAGAAAGCUGAAACUAUACAUCAGAAAAAUCAGCUCAAAGAUUAAGAGGAAAAUGUUUUGUGUGACUUGUGGGCAUUUUUGAACAGAUCACUAACAGGUUUCCUUUUCCAUGUUGUUUAAUAUUCAGCAUGAACAAGACCAUUAAACAGUCGGUAAAAGCACGAAUAUUUAAGUUAUCGGCCUUUUUAAAUGUUUGAUGUCAGUAGUCAUGUUACUGUUCAGAGGUCUAUAUUAAAGUAGCAAUCAAUAUAAAAAUUCACUCCAGAAACUUUAGAAGUAGAAAUGUUUCUUUUUUUGUGUGCUGCAAAACAUUUUUUGCUACGGCUCUUUUUCAUGUGAGCAACAUUUGAAAAAUACCUAUAAGGGAGUCAGAUUAAAUUCUGCUGAAUACACGUUUUGAUGACUCCACAACAUUGCAUUUGGACUGCUAUUUGAAUGUAUUUUGAUUAAUCACAGUAUGUUUGUGCCUGUCUUGUUUUCCUCUGUCCUGAAUAUUUAGGUUGACCACUACAUGAUUUCAGUACCAGCUGUUAACCACAUGAUCUUUUUUUUGCAAAUCAAGACUCAAAGUACAAGGGUGCUAAAUCAAAUAAUGUGAAUACUUAUUUGCCCCGUUAUCAUUUUCAUUUCAGAAGAAAUCUUGCCAACACGUCUGGCAUGUGUUGGGUAAAUAAACGCGCACAGGACAAAUGAUUGAAAUGUCGAUUUUUUUUUUUAAUCCCGGUCAGAUAUUUAAGAUUUUAAGGCUAUUUUACGCUUUCCUAUAGUUUAUCUUAUUGGCCCGAUAUAUGACUUUGGGAAAGUCUUUGCAAAUCAUAUACAUUUUUCCAAGAGUGUUGCAACUGUAUAUCAUUUUGACUAUUUUGUGAUAAUAAAGAACUGAACAUAUA